AUGGUCGGAAAGACUUUCGGUCUCUUGGUCUUGACAGCCCUCGCACAAGCAUCUGGCAACUGUCCCGCGAUAUGGUCUACAAUCGCCUCCGAUCUUUCUCAGUCGUUCAUUGGCUCUAACGGAUGCACCGAUCUUGCUCGAGGAGCCAUCCGUUUCGCUUUCCAUGAUUCUGGAUCGUACUCGUCAAAGACACCAGCAUAUGCGCCUGCCACUGGAGGUGCAGAUGGAUCUCUUCUCCUGAGUACUGUGGAGAUCUCGCGUGAUGAGAAUGCUGGACUUCAGCAGUACCACGCAUUUCUGCGUGGCAAAUACAAUCAGUACAAGUCUAAAGUCGGUGCUGCAGACUUGGUGCAAUUUGCUGCUAGCGUAGCUAUAGUCAGCUGUCCAGGAGGUCCGAAAGUUCAGACUGUUGUCGGCCGCAAGGACACUAGCACUCCAGCACCUGAUAAUCUUUUACCGAAGGCAUUUGGCCCGGGCUCUGCUCAGCAAGUGCUGAUUCAGCUUUUCGAGGACAAGGGUAUCAGUCAGCCUGAGCUUGCUGCUCUGAUCGGUGCCCAUACGGCAUCCAAAGCCACAGCUCAAGAAGCAAAUGGUAUUCCAUACGAUGGACCUCAAGACUCUACGCCAGGCCAGUGGGAUGUGGCAUACUACUCUCAGACAGACACCCAUCCCAAAGGCGUCUAUAGCUUCGAGUCCGACAUCAAUCUCUCAAACCCCAACUCCACUGUGGGACAGGUGUUCCAGAGUUUCGUCAACAGUCAGAGCAAAUGGAAUGCAGCAUUCGCACCUGCGAUGGCUCACCUCAGCGUCCUCGGUAUCCCUCAGUCAGACCAGGCCAACUUCAUCGACUGUACAAGUGCAGUGCCAUCUGGUUCUAAUGCGAGACUUGUGCGUGCUGCUCCAAUCAAUGAUAGAAUUAGAUAG